GUUCUAGAACACUGGAUGUAGUUUCUUGAUAAGAAAGGAACGAAAAAUUCGAAACCUAGUUCACGAAGAGCUUGGCUACCUUUCUCGUCUCGGAAUCGCCGGCAAAUCAUGGGUCAGGGAACGCCCGGAGGUCUGAACAGGCAAGGCCACGGCGGAGACCGGAAGAAUGAAGGCGACAAGAAGGAGAAGAAAUUUGAACCGGCGGCCCCGCCGGCUCGAGUUGGCCGGAAGCAGCGGAAGCAGAAGGGGCCGGAAGCGGCGGCGCGGCUUCCGACGGUGACGCCGUUGACGAAGUGCAAGCUGAGGCUGUUGAAGCUGGACCGAAUCAAGGACUACCUCCUCAUGGAAGAGGAGUUCGUGGCGAAUCAGGAGCGAUUGAAGCCCCAAGAGGAGAAGACCGAGGAGGAUCGUUCCAAGGUCGACGAUCUGCGAGGCUCGCCGAUGAGUGUCGGCAAUCUUGAGGAGCUGAUCGAUGAGAAUCACGCCAUUGUGUCGUCUUCUGUGGGGCCGGAGUACUACGUCGGGAUUUUGUCGUUCGUCGACAAGGAUCAGCUGGAGCCUGGCUGCGCGAUUUUGAUGCAUAAUAAGGUUCUCUCUGUUGUUGGGCUGCUUCAAGAUGAAGUCGAUCCAAUGGUGUCUGUCAUGAAGGUUGAGAAGGCUCCUCUAGAGUCAUAUGCUGACAUAGGUGGGUUGGACGCACAGAUACAGGAAAUAAAAGAAGCUGUUGAACUCCCUCUAACACACCCAGAAUUAUAUGAAGACAUUGGUAUCAAGCCUCCCAAGGGGGUCAUACUCUAUGGAGAGCCAGGAACAGGCAAGACAUUACUUGCAAAGGCAGUAGCAAAUUCCACAUCUGCAACUUUCUUACGGGUUGUUGGAAGUGAAUUAAUUCAAAAGUAUCUAGGUGAUGGUCCAAAGUUAGUGAGGGAACUUUUCAGAGUUGCUGAUGAUCUCUCUCCAUCAAUUGUAUUCAUUGAUGAGAUUGAUGCAAUUGGUACAAAAAGGUACGACGCCCACUCAGGUGGUGAACGUGAAAUUCAGAGGACCAUGUUGGAACUACUGAACCAGCUAGAUGGUUUUGAUUCAAGAGGAGAUGUCAAGGUGAUUCUUGCAACAAACAAAAUUGAGAGUCUCGAUCCUGCCCUGCUUCGGCCUGGUAGAAUAGAUAGGAAGAUAGAAUUCCCACUCCCUGAUAUUAAGACUAGAAGGCGCAUUUUCCAGAUACAUACAUCGAGAAUGACAUUGGCUGACGAUGUCAACUUGGAAGAAUUUGUUAUGACUAAGGAUGAGUUUUCUGGGGCUGAUAUAAAGGCAAUAUGUACUGAAUCUGGUUUACUUGCUUUGAGAGAGCGUCGUAUGAAGGUUACGCAUGUCGACUUCAAGAAAGCAAAAGAUAAGGUCAUGUUCAAGAAGAAAGAAGGCGUGCCAGAAGGGCUCUAUAUGUGAAAAUGCCUGAGUCUCUACGAGACAUCAUGAUGUGUAUCUCUCAUUCUGAAUCUUGUUACUUGAUAUUCCUGUUAUGCUUGUUUGAGUAUUUGGCCUGGUGGUUGCUACGGACUACCAUCCGAUGUUGAAUGAUGGAAGUCUGUGGCAUGAGCAUUCUGGUCAAUUAGUUUCUUUUUGAAUCAAUAUACUUGUCUUCUUUUGAUAGCCUUUUA